AUGUAAAGCCCAAACAAACACCUGUCUUCAGAAUGCGAUUGAUUUUCCAUCGUUGCGAGAAAUAACAAAGCACGUAGCUGAAGUAGAACCUCUAGAUCUCUUCCUCUCUCUCUCCGAUGGAGUUUCACGUUUCCGUCAUUUGGAGCCUGCUCGUCGUUUUCUCCCUCUUCUCUCCUCAAAUUAGGGGUGAUGCUUCUGGAUCCGUUUUCUUCUUCGAUAGCUCCACUAAUCAAUUCAUUCGCGCAAGAUCAUCAAACGAUGAGCAAUCUUCGUUGUUGCUUCCGGAAAUUGGUGCUGCUGCAUCAAUCUUGCUUGGUUUUGCACCUCCUUCCACCCUUUCAGCUGCCAGCUCAUCCAAGUUGAAUGAAGUUUUGAUUCCUAACCCAUUCAAAAGGCCCCGUGCUGUAUUUUUACUGGAAGUGAAUGGAAUUGAUGGUCUUGUAAAAAUUGUCCAAGAUAAUGCAAUGUUUGGCAAUUCAUUUUGGAGUACAAACAUUCUUGGUUCAGACAAAGUUGACAUUCAACUUCCAGAUGAAAAUGAUGUUUCUGUGGUUUCUUUGGAUGAGCAAUUGGAAGACUGGACUGACAAAGAAAUUAGUGAUUUUUCAUCUUUGAUGGGUGGAUCAUAUGCUCCUGAUGCUCUUGAGCCUUUAAAUGGAGUGCUUACCAUUCCGUUGGCAAAUGGUGCCUCAGUGAAUCUCCAAAUGUCAAAGAGAGCAGAAAGGAAGUUUGUGAUAGGUCUUGUGUCUCUCACUCAAAAUGUCCAAAGGGCAAUUCAAAUGCAUGAUGAUUUGUCACUGAGUACACAGAGUCCAGCUGAGUUGUUAAUAGGAUGCUUCAAUGGCAUUAAGGUUUUGCAAGAGGAAUAUGAAGAUGAAAGUAUUGCUCAGCAUGGAGUCGAAUUGCUACUUGCAACUUUGAAAAAGAUAUUUGGUUCAUUGCAAGAAGCAUACAAAGGUCAAAUUGUUGGAAUUAUCUACUCUCAUUCGACCAAUACUCAACAGUCAGGCAGGAAGUUUGAUGUUAUCUUUACUCCUCACCCUACUGCUCGAUGGUUGGCAGAAACAAAUGCAGUGAAUUCAACAUCUCCAGAAGUGGUGUUUGUUAGAAGAACCCUUGCUUGGGUAACCGGAAUUAUAUUGCUCGUUUCAACUCUUAUAGGGAUAUGUUACCUUAUGAAUAUGCCACUCACAAGGGACACACUUCUGUAUUCUAAUGUCAAGCUUGAUUAGGCAUGGAUGUGUAACAAGACAAAACAUUUCAAUCAACCAAGGAGGACCGGGCUGCCAUUGAACCUUGUGAUUGGGGUUUUUUUUUCUAGAUGCCUCUAAUCUAUGUGCAUGAUUAUAUUUUUGUUGAAGCGUUAAUUACUUGUGUUUAAUGGAUCGGUGUAGCCAAAUUAUUAGUAAUAUCAGGUAUUGGAAACUAGUCCAAUCAGAAUGUGGGUCUAGAGAAUGGGGAAUUAUCACACCGAUGUUGUUUAAAUGUGAAGUAUGGAUAUUGUACCCCGUGUUCAAUCAGGACGUAGAUAGAUGUGUGAUUGUUCCAGUCAUUUACAAUAAUGUGUUCCUUGUGGUUGACAUUUUUUUAUUGAAAUAAUUUUUAAUUAUACUGUAGUAAAAUAAUAAAACUUCAGAGGCUAUUUUUGCC